AUGGCACGCCGGCUCCGCUUGCAUUUUGCGUCGAGGAGAAGCAACACGGACCCUCUGUCAGAGAGCCUGAGCAGCCAUGGUGAGGAAAGUGGAGUCAGUGCGUCAGCUCACAGCCCCACGGAGAGCCUGGCGCACAGUUCUGUCCACUUGAAGGUGACUCCCCUGUCACCAGACUAUGGUAAUUUACAGCGUUACUCGUCAGUAUUCAUACCCAAGGUUAACACUGGAGGAUGUAGUAAGAAGAGCAUUCUGCAGAUCUCACUACAGCCCUGUGGUAAGCUCAGUGGAGAGCUGGAAGGCACCGAGGAUGGAGAGCCAGGGGGCUGCGAAGGAGGAGCAGGCAGUGGCUCUGACGGAAGCUCGUGCAGCAGCAGCAUGGCCAGCGAUGCCGGGUACUGUAGCAGCAGCAGUAUCUUUGAACCAGAGGCUCCAGAACAGCACAAAGCUGCCCAGGAGAGGAUUUUACCUUGCUGCAAGUCCAAGGUCCCCUUAAGGCGGUGUUCUUCCUUGGUUAUUUUUCCAAAGAGCCCCUGUAGCACCCCACCUGCCUCCCCCGUCAGCCCGGUGGCUCUACCUGUCCUCCCUCCUGCAAGGGUCUCUCAUCAGACACCUCUGCAGAUAUCUGCCAACGAAUCCUCACAGAAUGAUGAGGAAGUCACUUGCAAAGGGUCCACUGCUACUGCACUAAAUAGCCAUCGCCUCGCCAAAGGCAGCUGUUCAUCAGCUGAGUUCAGGGACACCAAACACACAGUGCAGUUUAAUGUUCCUUUAAAGGAUGAACCAAAAAGUAAAACCGAGGAUAGGAGCAAAAUAAUGGAACGGUCACUGAUGUCAGACCAGUCAAAUCGUCACUCUAGCAGUGUGCUGCUACACUUUGCCCACCAGAGACCACUGAUACCAGGGAAGGGAGCUCCAGCCAGGGCUACAGUUAACGUGGAAUAUCCUGAGGCUCCUUACCCACCACCACAGCCUGAGGGUGAACAUGACCCUCACAAAAAGCUGUAUCGAAGUACCUCAGCUUGUUUGCUUUCCUCAGCUAAACCAUCAGAAAAGAACCAUAAUGUCUCUCCGCGGGAGAGAGGACCGGAAAGGCCUAAGGAAAACCAUUGUCAUCGGGCUAUACAGAGGAGCUUUUCCCUGGAAGUGCCCUACCCCAACACUGGAAUUUCAUGUCAUGUUUCAAACCCAAUGCUCACUGGCUCUUGCUCUCCACAUGUGCACAUUCAUGUGGCCCCUUGCUGUCCAGCUAAACCGUCUAGCUCCAUUUCUGAUGUAAACACAAACCACAAAGGGGAUUAUAUUCCAACUAACCCAAGUCAAAACUCCAAGACACGUGAUGACUUUCUGGGCCAGGUGGAUGUCCCAUUACAUCAGAUCCCGACAGAAAAUCCUAAUACUGAAAGGCCAUACACAUUCAAGGAUUUUCUGCUUCACCCAAGAAGCCACAAGUCCAGAGUCAAGGGUCAUCUGCGUCUAAAAAUGACCUACCUGCCAAAAAACUCUGGUUCAGAGGAGGACACUGCAGAUCCGACUGAGGACAUGGAUCCUGGUUGGGAGUUUCUAGAGGGCCAGGACAUGUCAGGUCCCAGGCACAACCACCAGCUCCCUGCUCUGCCCCCUGGCUGGGAGGAGCGGCAGGACAACCUGGGAAGAACCUACUAUGUCAACCAUGAGAGCAGAACCACUCAGUGGCACCGGCCCACAAUACAAGACAGUGAAGUGGAGACACAAAGAAGACAGAACAUAAAUAUGGAGGCCCAGCAUGCUUUCAUUGCCCGCAGACAGAUCUCAGACCACGAUGAAAAUGACAGGCGAGAAUCUCCUGAGAGCUGGGAGAUAAUAACAGAAGAUGAGUCUACCUUAUACCACAGCAACAACCAUCACUCAACACCUCCACCCCACGCUCCUCUGGAGUUUCACCCUUUCUGCGAGGACCUGAGAAACCUUCAAGUAUCGGGGGCCACACCUGGCGAGCAUCGCACCUCCCAGAUGGAUCAUGCUAGUAAUUCAAGCCAUUCCAGUCACAGAGGAAGUGCCCAUACUCCAACAGCAGAGGAACAUCCUGUUAAUCCUGUGCUGCUGCCAACCUCAGUUGGGCUCCCUGCAGGGUGGGAGGAGAAGCAGGACAGCAAAGGAAGACGCUACUAUGUCAACCACAACAGCAGAACCACCACAUGGACACGACCCCUCAUUCAGACAACCUCAGAGGCAGCAGCGCAGAGUGUUUUAUCUCAGAGCCCCACAGUGUACCAACCCCCCAUGUCACCCGAGGGAUCUCCCCUGCACUCCCCGUGCCCCGAGCCCACAUAUGAGUGUGGCUUAAUGCCUGCUGGUUGGGAGGUUCGCAGCGCUCCCAGUGGAAGACCCUUUUUCAUCGACCACAACACAAAGACUACUACUUGGGAAGAUCCCAGGUUAAAGAUUCCUGUGCACAUGAGGAGGAGGCCCUCACUUGACCCAGCUGAUCUUGGCCCGUUGCCACCUGGCUGGGAGGAGAGAGUCCACAGUGAUGGGAGGAUAUUCUACAUCGAUCACAACACCAGGACCACACAAUGGGACGAUCCCAGAUUACAGAACUCAGCUAUAACUGGACCAGCAGUGCCUUAUUCCAGAGAUUACAAGCAGAAGUAUGACUACUUCCGGAAGAAGCUAAAGAAACCGGCCGACAUCCCCAACCGUUUUGAGAUGAAGCUGAGGCGGAACGCAGUGCUGGAGGACUCGUACCGACGCAUCCUGUCAGUGAAGAGGGCCGACUGCCUCAAGGCGAGGCUCUGGGUGGAAUUUGAGGGAGAGAAAGGCUUGGACUACGGGGGCGUGGCCAGGGAGUGGUUCUUCCUCAUCUCCAAAGAAAUGUUCAAUCCUUACUAUGGACUGUUUGAAUAUUCUGCCACGGAUAAUUACACACUGCAGAUCAACCCCAACUCAGGUUUAUGUAACGAGGACCAUCUGUCCUACUUCAAGUUCAUCGGCCGUGUGGCAGGCAUGGCAGUAUAUCACAGCAAGCUGCUUGAUGCCUUCUUCAUCCGGCCUUUCUACAAGAUGAUGCUGCAGAAGCCCAUCACACUCCAGGACAUGGAGUCUGUGGACAGCGAGUAUUUCAACUCUUUGAUGUGGAUACUGGAGAAUGACCCAACAGAUUUGGAUUUGAGGUUCACCAUUGACGAAGAGCUGUUUGGACAGACACACCAGCAUGAGCUGAAGCCGGGCGGCACCGAGAUUGUUGUCACUGAUGAAAACAAGAAGGAAUACAUCCAUCUGGUCAUACAGUGGAGGUUUGUGAACAGGAUACAGAAGCAGAUGACAGCCUUCAAGGACGGAUUCUUUGAGUUGAUACCUCGAGAUCUUAUCAAGAUCUUUGACGAGAAUGAGCUGGAGCUGUUAAUGUGCGGCCUUGGAGAUGUGGAUGUGAACGACUGGAGAGAGAACACCAAAUAUAAGAACGGCUACUGCGCCAACCAGCCAGUCAUCCAAUGGUUUUGGAAAACUGUACUGCUGAUGGACGCAGAAAAGCGAAUCCGGCUUCUGCAGUUUGUGACCGGGACAUCCAGGGUCCCCAUGAAUGGUUUUGCUGAACUCUAUGGGUCGAAUGGGCCACAGCUGUUCACCAUCGAGCAGUGGGGGACACGUGACAAACUACCCAGAGCCCAUACAUGCUUCAAUCGACUGGACCUGCCUCCGUAUGAGUCCUUUGAAGAGCUGAGGGAGAAACUUCACAUUGCCAUAGAGAAUGCACAAGGCUUUGACGGGGUGGAUUAGUGCAGGCCAGGGGUUUGAGUUGACUCGACAAAUUGAAGCCAAGCAGCCUGACGAGAGAGAAGCUCCGUGUCAGAAACAGGCCUAACCUAUGAGCCAUGUGACAGAUGGACAGUCACACAUCUUUGGCACAUGUGGACAAUCAGAUCUGGAGUGGUUUGAAAUAUCUAAACACUCCUUGUUUUCUCAAGUUUACAAAUUAGGGUUCUUAUACUGCGCGAUGUGAUCUUUUAUGUUAAGUCGCUCGAAAGUGUAUACACCCCUUUCUUUCCUGCUGCAACUUUGAAAAUGUAGCUUGCUUUUUAGCCUUAAGUCUAUAUGAAGAGAUCUAUGGUAUCAAAUGAAAAGAAGGUUAUAGAAAUGUAUGUGAAUGCAAAAGAAGAAAAAAAUGGCAUCUAAUUUGUAAAAAAAAAAAAAUAUUUAUCUUCCUUGUUAUGUUUGAGCUGAAUUGCUGCAGAGAAAAGUGCUUAACUUUCCAUAUCAGGUAUUUUCCAUCAUUAUGUUCUUCGUGGGAUUUUAGAGAAAGGAGUUAAUUCUGGUUCAGAUCACUGAAACACACUGGACUUCAUAGUUAACUUCUGUAUAGCAUGAGGUCAGAGCUUAAGGUUUGAAAGAGUGAAUGUAUGUAUGAAAAUACAGUUGCUAUAUUUUCAGUGUAUUUCUCCUUCCCAGGACCAUUUAACUCCAUAGUUAGACAAUGUCCCGAAUCCUUUUGGACAUGAUAGCAGCAAAGCUGGCAAGAAAAGUGCAAAUUCCUAAUCAAAAGAUGAAAUGAAAGUCAUUCUUAAUUGGCUUUGGAUAAACAUAUGAAUGGCACACUUGCAGUUCAAACAAAACAAGUGGAAGAUUUUUUCUCUCUCUCUCCAAAGUUUCUGCUUUGGUUCAGAGGAGGAUCGGUGCCUAGGACCAGUGGGUUCUAGAGAAGUGCUCAUCGAAAGUUGGGAUUUUCAGACUUGAACAAAAAAUGAAGACAAAAAAAUACAUAGGGAAAACAAUCAAAAUACUUUAUUUUAGUGGCUAAUUCACAAGUUGCUGGCCUUCCUCAGGCUCUCUCUUGCUCUUCUGAUGCUCUGCAGUAUCGUUUUCUCUUUGAAUUUCAUACCCUCAUAUAAAUGUACAUUUUCCAUUCCAGUAAGUUAGAAAAUAACCCUGUUCAGAUGCACCCUGGAAGCAUUUUAUUGCAUUAAGUGUGCAGGUUGUAUACAUUUUUGAGUGACUACACCUUAACCAGGUAUAUCAGUGCAUUAUAGUGGUGAUGUACCAAUACCAGGACCAGUAAAAGGCUAAACUAAUUACACUUCACAGAUCCAAAUAAGUGACUACAUGCACAGCAUUAUUUGAUUGUGAUGAAAUGCUGUUGAACUAUGCAUUACUUUACAUUGACAUGAGAUAGAUGGACGCACUUGAUUAUUGGUAUGCUCAGUUAUUACAAAAAUGUCAUUGUACGUACAACUAGCGUUUUUACUGUCCUACAAAAUAAACAUUGUCCUCGAAAUUGUCACUGAGCAUAGUUAAAUUGGUUGAAAUGGUUAUUGGUGCAACUCUACAUGAUAGCAUUGUUUCUGUUUUUCAUAUAUGAUCAGUAGCAACUUGUAAUCUUAAGUAAGUACAAUAUUAAUUGUAUAUGUAUCAUAAGAAUUGACUAUACACAUAUAUAUAUCCUGUUCAGAAGCCUACAGAGAAAAACAAUCAAGAAUACAAGGAGACAGGUGUAAACCUACAGCUGGCAGGAGUUAAUAUGGAUUGUCACCUUUUAUCAGUGAGUGAUAUUUUGUUUUCUACUCAUCAUGGGUGUCCAGUUGCAGUACAGUGCUCUAUUUUUAAGAGUGCACCUUUAAAAUUUGUUCUUUUGGCGGUAGCUCAAUUGUGUACAGAUGAAUAAUCUCUGUUUUCAAAAUGAGUCCUACUUACUAAUCAUAUGUUGCCCAAAAGCUUUGUAGGAAAUUAACUAUACUUAAGCAGUAGUGUUUUAACAAUUCAGUUCUUGUUUUAUGAAUGGUAAAAACAUGUUUACACUACCUGCCAUGUUUACAGGUUGUUGACGAAGGAAAAUGUGGGCUUUUUCUUGUCUCAAAGAACACAAUUUUAUACUUAUGCUUUUAUAAAGUGAAGCACUUUGUUAAUAUAGAUAAGUCUUACUUUGUCUAAAUCUUUGCCAAUCUAUCAACUUCAACCUGCGAAAAUGGCUUUUUUUUU